AUCAGUCGAAAAUCGUUGUUAAUCGAAGCUAAACUAAAAUUAAGGAUAUUUCUCUUGCGAACCUUUUUAUUACGAACGAAAAAUAAUAAACUUAAUAAGUAAAGUAAUUGUACUCGCGUAGAUCAUUUUGAUAGCGUUAAAAAAACCGAAACACAGACAGAAUGCCUUCCUUCCAACCGAUCGAGGCCCCCAAGUGUCCGCGCUGCGGCAAGAGUGUCUACGCUGCCGAAGAGCGUCUGGCUGGCGGCUAUGUAUUCCACAAGAACUGCUUCAAGUGCGGAAUGUGCAACAAAUCCCUGGACUCCACCAACUGCACAGAGCACGAGCGCGAGCUCUACUGCAAGACGUGCCACGGUCGCAAGUUCGGGCCGAAAGGUUACGGCUUCGGCACUGGAGCUGGCACCCUCUCCAUGGACAACGGGUCACAGUUCCUGCGCGAGAACGGCGAUGUGCCGUCCGUAAGGAAUGGAGCCCGCCUGGAACCCAGGGCUAUUGCUCGUGCCCCCGAAGGUGAGGGCUGUCCUCGUUGCGGUGGCUAUGUGUACGCCGCCGAACAGAUGUUAGCCCGCGGUCGCAGCUGGCACAAGGAGUGCUUCAAGUGCGGUACCUGCAAGAAGGGUCUGGACUCGAUCCUGUGCUGCGAGGCUCCGGACAAGAACAUCUACUGCAAGGGCUGCUAUGCCAAGAAGUUUGGACCCAAGGGCUAUGGUUAUGGCCAGGGCGGUGGUGCUCUCCAGUCCGACUGCUAUGCUCACGACGACGGAGCACCGCAAAUCCGUGCCGCCAUUGAUGUGGACAAGAUCCAGGCCCGUCCGGGUGAGGGUUGCCCACGUUGCGGCGGUGUGGUCUACGCAGCGGAGCAGAAGCUUUCCAAGGGUCGGGAGUGGCACAAGAAGUGCUUCAACUGCAAGGAUUGCCACAAGACUCUGGACUCGAUCAAUGCCAGUGAUGGUCCCGAUCGUGAUGUGUACUGCCGCACCUGCUACGGCAAGAAGUGGGGACCACAUGGCUAUGGAUUCGCAUGCGGCUCUGGUUUCCUGCAGACCGAUGGCUUGACCGAGGAUCAGAUCAGCGCCAACAGGCCCUUCUAUAACCCGGACACCACGUCAAUUAAGGCCCGUGACGGCGAAGGCUGUCCCCGGUGCGGAGGAGCCGUAUUCGCCGCCGAGCAACAGCUGUCCAAGGGCAAGGUGUGGCACAAGAAGUGCUACAACUGCGCCGACUGCCACCGGCCAUUGGACUCGGUCCUGGCCUGCGAUGGACCCGAUGGCGACAUCCACUGCCGCGCCUGCUACGGCAAGCUCUUCGGCCCCAAGGGCUUUGGUUACGGCCACGCCCCCACUCUAGUGUCAACCAGUGGCGAGAGCACCAUCCAGUUCCCAGAUGGCCGUCCUCUGGCCGGACCCAAGACUUCGGGCGGCUGCCCGCGUUGCGGUUUCGCCGUGUUCGCCGCCGAGCAGAUGAUCAGCAAGACCAGGAUCUGGCACAAGAGGUGCUUCUACUGCUCGGAUUGCCGCAAAUCGCUGGACUCGACCAACCUGAACGAUGGACCCGACGGCGAUAUCUACUGCCGAGCCUGCUACGGCCGCAAUUUUGGACCCAAGGGAGUGGGCUACGGUCUGGGCGCGGGCGCUUUGACAACGUUCUAAACGAGCCUAUUUUAUGUAUAUCCAAUCGAAACCCACAUCCAUGUCUGUGAACCGUUCCGAUGCAUCUGUCUAAUGACCAAUCUGUUUUAACUAACUAUCCCUGAAAUUAGCUAACUUAGUCUUCGUUUUGCUUCCAACGAUUUUUGAUCAACGAUGCACUGAAUGCAAUUCAAUUUUCUUUAGGUUAUGUGAGAUUAAGUUUAAUAUGAAAACAAGAAAAAAAGAAUAAAUGCCAAAAACAUAAAACUUACGACUCAAAGCGAAACUAACCAUCGAACACAGACUAACGAACUAAACGACAUUGACCACAUCGAGAAAAGCAAAACUUUCUGCAGGUGAAACUGCUGCGAGCCAAAGUCGUUAUUACUUUUUUGUAUCUUAAACUAUUUAUUUUCGAAGACCAGCCAAGUAUGUCUUAUGCUCCAAAUCGAAUUACCCAAAAGCAUACUUUGUGCAAAUGGAAAAAUUUUAUACACAUAAAUAUACUCUUACGACGAACAAUGAUGAAAGAUAUGAUGUUGUAUAUUUAGCUGAUUUAGUUCUUACGAUAUACUUAUGAAAUCUGAUUAUUUAUAAUGAUGUUUGAAUGAUUUCUCACCCAUCUAAUCUCUUGCAUUCUGUUUGGGAUGCCAGCCAUGGCAGAUAUAAAAUAUUUAUUUAUAUAUAUAUACAUCAGCGUACAUGUUCUGCAUACACACACACACACACAUAACAUCCAAUAAUAUAUGCCCCAGUGGGUUCCAUGAAAACAAAAUGAUUUCGAAAUGGUUUUCGUAGUUUUAAUUGAUUUAAUUGGGUGUGCAUACCUGAGAUUUCUGCAUCUAAAUGGUUGGUUGGCAAUCUGAUUGGAAUGACCGGUGGGUGGUUGGGUUGAGUUCAAUUCCGUUUGUUUCGGGAUCGUUCGGUUCGGAUUGAGCCAGCUCAUCUGGUCUAUAUAUAGCUUGUUCGGCCGACAAACAUCGUGAAAAAUAAUUGCUCAACAUACGCACAAAGAACGUUCCCUACAUAUACGUACAGGAAUAAAUCCUUGGUUGUGUGUGUGUGUGGCCUCUCGAGAAAAACAUCGAAAUGUUCCAUAACCGUACUGAAAUGGUUUUCUAAAUAUAAAUAUGAUGCCAAUAUGCCUCACACAGCUGACCCGAAAGCUUUUCACAGCACUCAAAACUCUCACUCAAGAGAAGAACUUAAGAGAUUGUAUUUAUUCGCAUAUAUACUUGUGAGGAAUCCCUAGUUAUAUUAUAAUAAUUAUAACACGUGCCUGCUGAGAAUGUUGUGUAAUAAAUGCUUUACUCACCCACCCACCUAGAGCAAAGUUCUUAUUGCUAAUGCACUUUUAGGAUCACCCCCCACCCGAAAUAACCCCUUGGGAACAAAAUUUUAAUGAUUCCGUCCCACGCCCACUUGCGCGCAUUAUUCACAUUU